AUGGCUACUAUCAACAUUCGUCGUGAUGUCGCCGACCCCUUCUACCGCUACAAGAUGGAGCGCAUCCAGUCCAAGAUUGAGGGAAAGGGUAACGGAAUCAAGUCCGUCAUCGUGAACUUGAGCAGCAUCGCUCAUUCUCUCAGUCGUGACCCGGCUUAUGUUGUCAAGUUUUUCGGUUUCGAGCUGGGCGCUCAGGUCACCGCCAACCCUUCGGACGACCGUUACAUCAUCAACGGAAACCACGACGCCCCCAAGCUUCAGGACUCCCUUGACGGCUUCAUAAACAAGUUCGUUCUUUGCGGCAAGUGCAAGAACCCCGAGACCGACUUGAUCGUCAGCAAGGACGGCCAUAUCACCCGCGACUGCAAGGCAUGUGGUCAGCGUACCGAUGUUGAUCUCCGCCACAAACUGUCCGGCUACAUUGUCAAGAACCCGCCCAAGAGGGAGAAGAAGAGCAAGUCUUCCAGCAAAGGAAAGAAGGGCAAGAAGGGUGAAGGCUCCCCUAAGGACUCUGGCUCCGAGGAUCCGGAGGACAUGGGCAUCGACGGUGGUUCCGACGACGAACUCACCAAGCGCAUCAGGGCUGAGGCGAAGGAACUUCCUACGCAUAACGGCGGCAACGGUAUCCUCAAGGAUGACGACUGGGCGGUUGACAUGUCCGAGGAGGCCAUCAAGGCGCGUGCUCAGAAUCUCCCCGACGACCUCAAGAAGGCCCUCGUUAUUGAGGGCGAGGAUGAGGGCGAGGACACCCCCUACGACGUUCUCGGAAAGUGGAUUGUCUCUGAGAAGAAGGAGAACGACGGCACGAUCAACGACGUCAAGGUCUAUCAGAAGGCUGUUGAACUCGGCAUCGAAAAGAAGCACCGCACCCUCCAGGUCCUCGCUCAGACCCUCUUCGACGGUAAUAUCAUCAAGAAGAGCCAGAUCAAGGAGCACAGCGGUCUCCUCAAGAAGAUGAUCACUUCUGACCGUCACGAGAAAGCCCUCCUCGGUGGAACCGAGCGCUUCGUCGGUACCGAGCACCCCGAGCUCAUCAAUGCUAUCCCUAGCAUCCUUAUGGCGUACUUCGAAUACGAGCUCGCCAGUGAGGAGACUAUUACAGCCUGGGGAACCAAGGCAAGCAAGAAAUACGUUGAAAUCAAGGUAUCGAAGGAGGUCCGCAGGGCCGCCGAGCCGUUCCUGAAGUGGCUCCAGGAGGCUGAUGACGAAUCGGAAGAGGAGGAGGACGAUGAUGAGGACGAGGACGAGGAGGACGCUGAGUAAACGAAACGAGUCGGAUGCCAUGGUUUGUAUGGGAUCCACGCGUUAUGAUAGAGAUGAUUGAUGUGUUGUGUGAAUGGGAUGAUUAGUGUUUCUGUUCUAUGCGUUUUGCUUUGCUUUGCGUUACACAUUCAGGGUCCUGUCGUUACUCCAGGUACUUCAUGUUACUCUACCAGAUGGAGAUCAAUAUCUGCUUGCUCGUGCAUUCCUUUUUCUCACAUGAACUUGUACUUCAAACAUACCAUGGAUUCAUUCAUACAAACUGAGGAGCAAAGACAGAGUGAAGUAAUGAUCUUGUUACCUUACAGGCCCCUCUCAUUACACUCAUCUAGUGCAUCAUCAAGCAAAUAGGCAUCACGAAUGAAACAAAACAACCAUUCACAAGUCUCCACCAUUUUCCUAUCAUAACCCGUUCCUCCGUUCUUCUCACUUCAUCAUCAAGGGCACCAUACCUAA